CGGAGUUGUUGGAACGCGCACAGUUGUUAGCAUUUCACAAGCCGCGAGAGGAGCAAAAAGCUGGGCUUGGCAGAGGCGGGACGGCCGCGUGCGUCCUCCUUCCUUUCUGCACCGGGGAGUCAGGGCAGUUCCCCUAGCCGGACCAGAGCAACCCGCAGCUUUCGUUCCCAACAGAGGAAGGGGGGACGGUACCCCACUCCACCCCCUCAAGCCCUGGAGGCCUUGCCGCACCCAUAACCGCUUCUGCUGGUUUGCGGAGCUGACAGGGACAGGGACAGGGCCGGGCCAGGCGCUGCAUCUCUGCCCACUUGGAAUUCUGUCUUGAAGUCGCUGCUUGCCAAACGCCUCACCUGCUUAAGGUGGAACCGCCUGUCCUGCUCUGCCUUAAAGCCUGCCUCCUUGCUGAUGUCAGUUGCUAGGGAGAGGGGUGUAACCACGUAGGUGUGUUAAAGUAAGGGGGGAGGACCGGGCGAGAAGAGUCCCAGGAAACCAAAACAAGGCGUGGGGGAAGACGGGGAUGGCGUGGGACUGGGAAGGUUACAGGAGGCUCUCUGUGUGCGCGCGCGCCCUGAGUGGAACAACUUCUUGAUCUGAGGUAGAGAGGAGGGCCUGCCGCACCCACCUGUGGACAAGUUCGCGCCUUUACGGAGUGUGGAAGUGUCGCUCGGACUCAGAGAAGAGGAGCCGAAGGGUUGUCAGACACCCCGCUCCCCGCCCGGACUGUCUCGCUAGGUCAAACAAGGCCUCAGCGCCUGGCAGGGCCCACCACCAGAGAAAGAGUCGGACUGUUUUCAUGUCCCCCUUGCCCAGCUGCUGCCACCAUGCAGGAAAAUAAUUUCUUCUUGUCGGCUCUGCAGCCGGAGAAUGGCGUGUGCUCCUUGGCGCUGCCCUCAGACCAGCAGCUCGACAGGAAGCGCAAGGAGGCUCCGGACGCCGAAGUGCUCAAGAACGCCCGGGUGCAGGAGCAAGUCCGUAUGAGGAUGCUGCAGAAGACCCACUCGGUCCCCGGGACCAACGGAGCCGUGCCGGACUACGCGGAGUUGAAAGGUGGAACCUCAUCCAAUGGUCAGUUCAGAACUCUGCAGCAACAGUUUAGUUCCAGAUCCCAAACCGAUGGCACAGAUCACAAAGGUUUGCUGUACCAGCCAGUUCGCAAUAAAGGUUACAAUUCUGUGAAGACUACCAGCUGGUCCUCCCGGUCAGCAGUGGAUCUCAGACCCAAUUCUAGAAUAGCCGCUAUCAGCAAUGGCACUGGUCCAAAGUGUCCAGCUUAUGGCACAAAUUACAGUUCCACUAACCGGCCCAGGUCUUUCAUUGACAAGAACUACCGGAACCUCCAGAACUAUGACACCAUGUCCUUGCAUUCCCUGCGUCUAGCAGAUGGGCUAUGCAGCCCUGGGGGUGUGGAUGACCACUACAGCUUAAUGUCUGACGUGGAUCCACUGACCCAAGCAACUCUCUACAAAAACAGGGGUGGUGGUGGCUUCCACAAAUCCUACACCUUUGAGAGGCAGAUGAGCGCCGGCUCUAACGCUUGCACAAAGCGGCCUGCUGACUGGAUGGAUGGUAUAGUGGUCCCACAGAACAGGACCGUCAUCCGUGCACCAGCCAUGCGCACUUUGCAACGUUUCCAGGGCAAUAAUCGCUCACGAUUUAGUGCAGGCUCCUUCAGUGGCACUCAGACCUCUCAAGGAGGGCUUGGGAAUACUUACGCUGCAGUGGAACGCAGUACCCGUGCCCCUUCUGUGCACAGCUUCACUGAAUCCAACCACCAUUUGCAAGACCUGCGUGCCAUUGACAUGUUUGAUGGUCAAAAUACACUGAUGUCUCAGCAAUCCUUCUCUGGCGGGUUUGAUGACAUUGAUCUUCCCUCUGCGGUGAAAUAUCUGAUGGCUAGUGACCCCAAUCUCCAGGUGCUUGGGUCUGCUUACAUCCAGCACAAGUGCUAUAGUGACAGUGAUGCCAAGAAACAGGCUCGCAGUCUCCAAGCCAUACCCAAGCUGGUGAAGCUCUUCAACAGUUCCAACCAAGAGGUGCAGCGCCAUGCAACUGGUGCCAUGCGCAAUCUUAUUUAUGACAAUGCUGAGAACAAGCUGGGGCUGGUGGAAGAAAAUGGAAUCUAUGAGCUGAUGCGCACUUUGCAUGAGCAGGAUGAUGAAUUACGCAAGAAUGUUACUGGCAUUUUCUGGAAUCUGUCUUCAAGUGAUAAUCUCAAGGAUCGCCUUGCCCGGGACACUUUGGAGCAGCUCACAAACCUGAUCUUGACCCCUCUAUCUGGCUCAAGCAAUGCUGCUAUUAUCCAGCAAAAUGCCUCUGAGGCAGAAAUCUUCUACAAUGCCACUGGCUUCCUCAGGAAUCUUAGCUCUGCCAGCCAGCAGACUCGGCAAAAAAUGCGUGAAUGCCAUGGGUUGAUAGAUUCCAUGGUCAACUACAUAAAUAGUUCGCUAGAAGUGGGAAAAUCAGAGGACAAGAGUGUGGAGAAUGCAGUCUGUGUACUGCGCAACCUCUCCUACCGACUUUAUGAUGAAAUCCCUCCUUCCUCGCUCCAGCGGCUGGAAGGACAAAAGAGGGGCGAUGGAGCUAACAUGACCAGUGAACUGGUAGGCUGCUUCAGCCCACAAAGCAGGAGGGCCCGAGAGCUCCACAUGAACUCUGACAUGGUGACUUUCACAGAGGUUUCUAAAGACCCUAAAGGGAUGGAGUGGCUCUGGAACCCUCAGAUUAUAGGGGUGUACAACAGGCUGCUACAGCGAUGUGAGUUAAAUAAGCAUACCACAGAGGCAGCUUCUGGAGCUCUUCAGAAUAUCACAGCAGGAGACCGGAGGUGGGCUGGGGUCCUCAGUAGAGUGGCUUUGGAGCAAGAGAGGAUCCUGAACCCUGUACUGGACAGAGUCCGCACAGCUGACCAUCACCAGCUUCGUUCACUGACAGGACUGAUUCGCAACCUGUCCCGGAACGCACGCAACAAGGAUGAAAUGUCAACCAAAGUGGUGAGCCAUUUGAUUGAGAAACUUCCUGGAAGCUCUGGGGACAAGUGGCCCCCAACAGAUGUAGUAGUCAACAUCAUUGCAGUGCUGAACAACUUGGUUGUGGAGAGCCCCGUUGCUGCACGUGACAUUGUCUACUUCGAUGGCCUGCGCAAACUCUUCUACAUCAAGAAGAAAAGGGACAGCUCGGAUAACGAGAAGGCCUCCAGAGCCGCUUCAAGCCUCCUGACUAACAUGUGGCAGUACAGCAAGCUUCAUCGGGACUAUAAAACGGUUUGGUUUUUUUCUCUCUACUCUCUGUUCCAAAGUGAGUUUGUAGGGCCUAGGUCUCUAGCACAGUAGCCAUCGAUAUUUCCUGUGGUGCCUGCGGGGCUUAGAUAUGUUUGCGUUUGCUGGAUCAUCGCUGAUAUGAUGUGUCCUCGUGACAGUCUUUUUUAUGUUUUGCAGAAGGGCUUUCGGAAAGAAGAUUUCAUUAGCUUGUAAAGAAAAGGACCUGCAGAAAAUGGACUCUCCAGCCUUAACUGUUCUCCAUGAAGCUUGUUAAUAAAGCACCACUAAGGACUGUGACCCUGCUUCAUGCAACCUCCUUUUGCAGUUCCCUCCUUUUUGGAGAGCUGGUGUCAGUCUAGCUAACAUGUUUUAUUUUUGCAUUCAUUCUGUCCCUUUAAGUCUAUUUAAAGCUCAUGUUUUUCUCUCUUGGCCUUACUACACCAUGAAAAUGUUCCAUGACUGUAAAAAUGCAAAUCGGCAUCCAUGCAAAUUCUGAAGCUGCCUGUCACCAUUGCCAGACCCAUGUACUGGCUGCCCACGAAGCUGGGAUUCUUUUUAGAAUGUACGAGUGUUGAUGUCACAGCAGGACUUCCAGACUGCUAAGGAUAGUAAAGGAGGGCUCACAGGGCUCACGGUUCCAUUUAUGGGUGCUUCCAUCUGCUUUUAUGUUUAUUGCUUUCUCUUAUUCCCUCCAUCCCUCCCUGCAACUCCCCUAAAACUCUCACUGUUUAUUGUACAUGUUCUCCUACCUCUAUAUAUCCUGCAAAUGAUUUGCUUGCAUUUAAUUUUAAAAGAAUUGGGUUGUAUGAGUUUGAGAUAUAGAUUUUAACAGUAUGUAUAAAUCUAUGGGCAAGAUUCUAGGAAAGUCUAAUUAUUGGAACUUUGAGGGAUAAAUGUAGGUUUUUAAAAUUGUAUUAACCAAUGCACGGGAGGACAGAGUGCUUUGGAAUAUAAAUUUAUGGUGGAGUUUGGUGAUGGAUUCUCUCAUUUUUGUUGUAAGCUAUAAUGAAUCUGAAGACAUAAUUUUCUGGAGCUACAUAUAACAUAAUUUACUUCAUGUCUGGUGGGUUACAAAGCCUAUAAAUGGGGAAAGAAAUUAUGAAAAGGGAAUGCUUGCUAUAAGGAGGUACUCAAACUGGAUAGCCAGUGACCCUGUGAUUUGUACAGAAUUUUACUUUUAACUCUAUUCGUAUAGGAUUUUCUUGGUAAAAUUAAAGUGCCUGAGACUGACCUGCUGAACUGUUUUGCCAGCAAUAAAUUCAUAAACCUCAGAUCAA